UCUAGAUCUAGUUGUAUUAACUAAUGCAUAAACUUUAAAGAUCUAUACUUAUUAGAAAACAAAUGACAUUCCCACUACAUUUGAUGACACAAGGUGUCAGCCAGCUAUGUCAGCAUUGUGGGUCUGCACAUAAACUGCUGGCCACAUCUCUAGCAGGUUUCUCUAUUAUCCCUCGCAGAAACAAUUGGAGGAAAAACUAUGCAAAGCGUGAGGCGAAGAAAGAAAUAGUAAAUGAAUAUGUUGGAGAAAAUCCUACAAAGGCCUCCAUCAUAUAUGCCUGGGGAUAUGUAAAUUCUGGUGCCAUUGGCAUACCCAGCUAUGUCAGACCAGAUUUGAAGUUCAUAAGUCAUCAGGUACAAAUUCAGAAGAUUAACAGACCUGCCAGAGUUAGAUUUUUUGAUAUAAAUCAUUUGAAGCCCUAUGACAUAGCUUGCGGCUAUGGAUUUACUGUAAUGGCAGUCAAGUCCGAGAAGAAGAGAUUUAUUGUAGCUACAGGUUUAAACACAGACUCUCAGAUUGGGUUUCAUGAAGGUUCACCUAAAGGUUCUGGUAGAAUCCUGGAUAUGUUGAUAGAGCCUGCUAGGAUUAGACUGCCAUUGAUGAAACCAGAUGAGUGUAAAGUUGUAACCAUGGCAUGUGGACGUUCUCAUUCAGUCUUUGUUAUAGAGGAUGAAGGAGUUUUCACCUUAGGGAAUAAUGCAUAUGGUCAGUGUGGAAGGUCCAUUGUGGAGGGGGAAACUUACAAUAAAAAUCAAGCGAUUAACAAAUUGACAGAUACACCACCAGAUAUUGUCAAGGUUGUAUGUGGGCAAGACCACACACUGGUCCUCACUGAGUCUGGACAUGUCUACAGUUGUGGGCUCGGGGCAGAUGGACAGACAGGUUUGGGGCAUUUUAAAAAUGUUGGAAAGCUAGAAAGAGUGAAAGGUGAUAUAGAAGGUGAGAAAAUUGUCUCCAUUGGCUCAAGAGGCGACUGCACUUUGGCUGUUUCAGAUAAAGGGGAGCUGUUUGGUUGGGGAAACUCUGAGUACAACCAGCUUGGUCUGGUCACCACUGAGACCCAGCUCAGUGUACCAAAGCAUAUACCAGUGUUGCAUUGUGGGAAAGUGCUGAAGGCUGUGGCAGGAGGGUCACAAUGUGCUCUAAUCAAUGACAAAGGUCAAGUUUUUGUUUGGGGUUAUGGAAUUCUGGGUAAAGGGCCCAAUUUAGAAAAUACAGCUACUCCCUCCAAAAUUCCUGAACCAAUUUUUGGCCGGAAUGAAUUGUCACCAGACAUCAAGGUUGUAGACAUUGAAUGCGGUCUGACCUACGUAGCUGCCAGAACUGAUAAAGGAGAUGUCUACACAUGGGGCAGAAACAACCAUGGUGUUUUAGGGCUAGGUGAAGACAAAAAUCAAUUUUUCCCCUGGAGAGUAGCUUUACCAGCUGAGGCAACCAGAAUGGCUUGUGGAUUAGACCAUAUGGCGACUAUAUGUAAGGCAUUCACUUGAUCCUCCAGUAAAACACUACAUAAAGAAACAAUUCUUGUGAUGUUCAUAAGAAAUGUAAAAUGUCAAGUUGAAUGUGUGAAUUUGUGUACACAAUAAAUGUAAUAGUCAUACUUGCUCAUGGGCAGACAUUGUUAUGCUGUUAUUAAAUGACAAUAAAAAAAAAGUACAAAACUGGUGAA